GACGGAGGAGACAUGUCUCAAGAAGACGGAGGAGACAUGACUCAAGAAGGUCAAGAAGAAGAGGAGAAAGAAGAAAAAGGAGGAGGAGGGGAAGAACAAGCAGAAGAAGAACAAGAAGGGGAGAAAAGGACGUUGCUUCAAGAGGAAGAAGGAGCAGAAGAAGAACAAGAAGGGGAGAAAAGGACGUUGCUUCAAGAGGAAGAAGGAGCAAAAGAAGAAAAGGAGGAGAAUAGCGAAGUGGAAGCAGGAGAAAGAGAAGAAAAAGAGGUAAAGCGAGAAGUGGAAGCCGAAGAGGAUGGAGGGGGUGAGGAGGAUUAUGUUGAGCUCAAAGAUCUCCGUUUGGAUAUUUCCAAGUCCCGUAAUCGAGGGGAGGAGGGUGCUCUGGAUAUGAAGGAUGACGGCUCCUUCACGCUCUGCCUCUGGAUUUACUUACUUGGCUCCUCCCAGUACCCCGCGGCCAUCAUUAACCAGGUUUCUUCGGAUGGUGAAGUUUCUGUCCCUUUUCUCAAGCUCAACGACGAGAAGAAAAUCACUCUAAUGCCGGCGGUUUUGGUGCACGAAGAGGCGUAUUUCGACGAGGCUGAAAGACCAUGUGUUUCCGCCGAGCUUGAAUACCCGUUUGAGAAAUGGGUUCACGUUGGGUGCGAGGUGGGCACAACCUAUCUACGCCUUCAUAUUGAUGGGGAAGUCGUCAAUGAGAAGCAGCUUUCUCACUCAUCAGUAAAUGACUCUGCAUUAAAAAUGACAAACAUAACGCUGGUUGGUAAUGCGGAAGCAGAUAAUAGUCUCCAUGGCUAUGUUCAUCAUGCUUGUGUCUAUGCAAGUUUCCCAUCUGUCAAGGAUCAUUAUGUGAAGAAUCCACCAUUGAUGUUGUCGCUUGAUGGUUCCUCAUGUCUCUCUGAAAAUAUUGAGGUUGUGGAAGGUGGGGAUGGCGUUUGGAGUGUAGUUGGUGGUAAGGCCUCUUGUCGUAGAAAUUUCGCCCUUGACAUUCUCUUGUUAGAUGCCCUUGGACAUUCUGCGCAGAGGGAAAUUGAGGUCAUUGCUUCCCUUGUGUAUGCGGAUAAUGGAUUGCCUGUUGAGAAAUCAAAGGAUGAUGCUGAAGCUCCUCUUUUGACAACAUAUGAUGGAGUAGAAUUCCCUUCUACUGAUAGACCUAUCAAGCUUCUGCAUGGGCGAGCAUCAUUUAAGCUGAAAAUAUCUCAGCUUUCCUCCAAAUGCGAGAACAGAUUAUUUCGUGUUCGUUUUGAGUCAUCAAAUGAGCAAAGAUAUCCUUUCCUUGUAGUGUAUUCUCGGCCAAUCCGUUGUGUGUCAAGGAAUCGCAAUGCUCGCCCAUUGUCUGUGUGGAGGAAGCCAUUUCCUGCUGCCCAUCUACCUGAUGUGCCUCCAUCACCAGGAGCUGAUGAGGGAUCUAGUGAAAUACAAGAUGGAGAUGAACAUUUCUUAAUGUCAACUUUGCAAGGAUCUGUUCAUGGUCCUCUUCUCAAGCGUGCCAAAGUAGGACAUGGAAGGAUUGCUCGAAGAGUUGGUGCUGAUGUUGGUCUGGAACUUCUUUGUGAAGAAAGCAAUGUCUGGAACAUAAGUCCAAAUGAUGAUGAUACUACAUAUAAAGGAAAGCAUGAAACAAAAAUCGGAUCCAAUGGAAAAGAGAGUAUUCCAUCUGAUUGCCAAAGCAAUCAUGCCAGAGUCUCUGCUUUCAGCAGGACUGGGAGUCAAUUAUCAGACCUGGCUGUUUUCAAGUAUUGCCUUGAGGGUAUAAAUGAACGUGCAGCUUUUCUUAAGGAAGUUGUAGUGUCUGCAACUGAACAAGCUUUGGCUGACUUUGCUGCUCAGGUUUCUAUAUAUACAGGUUGCUCCCAUAACAGACACCAAAUAUUAAUCGCAAAGCGAUUGAUUCAAGAAGGAAACAGAACAUGGAACGUGCUUUCCCAGAAUGGUCACCAAGUUCUUUGGAGAAAUGCCAUUUUCGAAGUUGAAAGGCAGUUUUUGAGGAUCUCUCAAUCUGUCAACAGAAGCCUUUCCAUCCAGGACAAAGAAUUUCUGAGAGGAAUAGCUGGAUGCUCUGAAACAGUUGGUCGUGAAAGUUUUGACAGACUCUGGCAGUGGUUAUAUCCUGUAGCUUUGACUUUAUCAAAAUGUCAGUUGCAUGCGGCGUGGGAGUGCACGUCACCUAAGUGGGUUGAGGGGAUGAUUACUCGAGAAGAGGCAGAAUCUUCUCUUAGAGGUCCUCAAGGAAUUGAAAAGUCUGGGACAUUCUUGCUCCGGUUUGCUAAUUCCAGAAGCUGGCCACAUCCAGAUGCCGGCAGCUUGGUUGUUAGCUAUGUUGGCACUGAUUGCACGUUCCAUCAUAAAUUAGUUUCUCUUGAUGACAGGGAGAUGAAUGAGAAGCCUCUCGUGGACUUGCUAUUAUCUCAACCGGAGCUCUCACAGUUAGGCAGGGUAAGAAGAGCAGAAUCUAGUGGCGGUGGAGGUUAGACAAGAUUGAACAAGAGUGCUAUUGUACAGUCCGGUAGACGGUGAAAGUGACCACUUAAUGCAGAAAAAUUUUAUUAAGCAUAGGGAUGUGAACAUCCAGACGGGUGAUCUGAAUGUGCAGCAAAGCAGAUAGGUCAUAGGAUCCAGACUUGGUACAGUGAAAGAACCAACGUCCACCCAGAACCAUGUUCGUGUAACUGUUGAACCGUGUAUCUACCCCUUCCCUAGGGCCCUGGAACUCCACCACACUUGAGGAUGACCCGUUUCUUUUGAGCAUCUUUACCACUGUAGCAUAGAAUGUGAUAUUUACAUCCUCAUCUUUGUAUCCAACAAAAUUCAAAAGUAUAAGCUUGAUAUGUUAUAUUUGUUAAGUUUGUUGUCUGAA